AGCUAACAGGCUCAAUUGUACGGUGACUUCUGCUACUGCUCUACUCUGCGCUGAAAGUGCAUGCGCCUCGCAAGAUCUCGCAGAGCCAAAAAGUGGAAUUCCAUCAGUAAUUUUAAUGAUUUGUGAGGAGAUUUAGUGUUUAUGACAAAUAUUAACCUUUACUAUCCUAACACCAGUGUUGGCAGACGACCUGUAGCCUGGAUGAUAAUCAUAUAGGGAUUAUUAGACCAGAAAUAUCCCGAAGUUUAGGCUACUGAAGGCCAAGCACUGUAAUGGUAAAGAGAUCAGACCUCAGCUUCAAUGUUUAAAAAGUUACACUUCACACAGAAUCAGUAUCACAUUGUUGUGUGUCACAAACAGAACUCAUUCACCAAAGCUGACAGGCAGUUUUGGAAAGUUAUCCAAAUGAUCUUACAGGUAUUAAAUCAGUAAUGAAGCUGCUUCGACGAGCGUGGUCACAAGAUGCCGCUGUACGACCUGAGCAUGUCAAAUCAAGGAGCUUCAGUGUCUCCUCACAGUGCAUCACGGGACAACUGUCUAAACUCCCACGCUUAAAAACUUACAUGUGAGGAUGAAAAAUCACAGGUGGUUAAUGCAGGAAAUCGUGCAGACUGUAGUAAACGCUAUUUGUGUGCACUUCCAAUCACAGUCCAAUCACUGUUGAACCUGGUAUUAUCUAAGCUUAACAGUAGUUUUCCCCCCAAAAAAUACCUUAAUAUUCAGUUUCAACAAUGCUUUACAAACGUUUCCUAUGAAUCUGUGUGCUCCUGCGAGGUAAGUGCGUACUGCAGAUCAGAUUGUGCAUGUGCAAAGUGGAGAAACAGUAGCCUACAAAACACAAAAACAAAGUGUUGACAGUCCAGCAAUUGGUGGUAAUGCACACUUAUGGAUGCCAACCACCAUAAAACCCACCAGAAGAAGAAGCCAAUGCUGUGGACUGGACCGGCUUCAUGAGUCACAAACCUUUUCCGUGUGCAGUGUGUUUUCUAAAUAAUGUGCAUGUGUUGUCAAAUGAAUGAUGUUUUCUUCAUUCGCUUGUGUUUUGUCUAUUUGUAUGUGUUUUCUUAAGGUGCAGUGUUUGCCCUUGUCGGCCACCGUAUAAUUGUGAAUUACAAAAAAAUGUAUCUCUGUAGCUGUAGGUAGUAACAAGUCUUGAUAUAGGUACUGUGUAUUUAAUAUUAAUACUGUCAGGUUAUAGGUUGAGCUAUUACAUAACACGUAAGUGUAUUUGUCUUCACUUAACUUCGGCAGCAGGUAGGUAGGUAGGUAACUGCUAGGCCUACUUAACUUCUUACUCACUUGCUCAGUCCUAUUGCUAGGUCUGUCAGUCAGGUAACCCAUGUAACAUCAUUCUGUUACUGUAGAGUCAGACUGCGAGGCCUACAUUUUGUAGCGUAAUCUUAUCUGAAAUAUAGCUAAAUCUCAUUGUACGUACUUCUAUUCCGAAAAAAAAAAACAUUUUAGUAUCGAUAUUUUUGUAUUUUUCCACUUAUGCAAUGUUAUGUCCAACCAAGCACCUCAGUAGGCAACAAGUUGUGUUCCCGACUUUCCAAUUUAGAAAGCACAGUUUACGAGGAGACCCUGAAUGCAGCAGAAGCCCGUACAGAGAGACAACAAUCGGACGGAAGAGGAAAAGUGGGGCUCUCAAAAUGGUCCAGUGAGAGCGGACCAUGCCAGCUAUGAGCCAAAGUAGUCCCUGUCUGUGGACUCGGCUCCCCCAGAGCAGCCGGUCCCCAUGUGACCGCUACAAGCACGCCUGCUGCAGCUAUGAUGGAAAUGUCUACGUCCUGGGAGGAAGAGCCAGCAGCUGUUUGAGGGACUUCUGGAGGUACAGCGUGGUGUGUAACGAGUGGAUAGAGUUGAACUGCACCGGUGAAGCUGCACCAGAAGAACUAGAGGAACAUUCUAUGGUGGCUCAUGAGGGCUUCCUGUAUGUGUUUGGAGGCAUGCUGGAUUCUCCAUACACCAAGUGGAGAUGUUGCCUCUGGGUAUUUGACAUUGCAAAGCAGAAAUGGGUGCACUGCCAGGGAAAGACAAGCUCCCCUCAGACCCAAAUGCCAACCAACAGAAAAGGACACAGUGCCGUGGUGGUUGGCUCUGCCAUGCUGGUGUAUGGAGGUUUCGUAGACAUGAAAGGAUCCUCACAGGACUUUUGGAGUUUGGAUUUUGAUACCAUGUCUUGGUCCCUGCUGAAUGGCUCCCAGCUGGGCUCAUUAGGCCCAGGUCCCAGACACAGUCACUCAGCCAUGGCCUACCAGAGCUGCAUGUACCUGUUUGGGGGCUUGAAAGGCUUGCGGGAGCAGAGAGACUUCUGGAGGUGGAAUUCCACCAGCCAUAUGUGGAGUUCCCUCAAAAACAAGUCCGGCCCCUCCAGACUGAUGGGCCACUCAGCUGUGGCCUACAAGGACAGCAUGCUUCUUUUCGGAGGAGGUGAGAGCCAGAACUCUCCAAAGAACUGCCUGUGGAGGUACAACGUCACCACUCAGACCUGGGGCCAGGUUGCCACACUCCCAGGCUCGAACCCCCCAGACAAGAUUCACCACUGCUGUACUGGGCUGGGUCCCAGCUACAAGUCCAACACCAGCAGCCCCCGCUCCAGCUCAGGACUCCAACCCGUGCUGCUGGAUGGGAAACUAAGGCCCGUUAAGAACAAGUGCUUGCCUGCCCCACUCCCUUUUCUGGGAUCAGAGGGAGCUAUAGAGCUGGAGACGUUCAGCCCAGACAGGUGCUACGGUAGCAAAACACUCACACAGUCAUCAGAAUUGGACAACAGCGUAGAGGGCUUGAUGGGGAAAGAUGCACAGCGGAUUGGAAGCUGUAUGACCUUUGAAAACAAGGCUUUCAGGAAACAGUGCAGCUGCACAGACGAGGAGGAUGGAGAUAUAGCCCAGCAUCUGCCUGAUCAGCUGCUGGUGCUGGGGGGAAGACCUUGCACCAGACACAGUCCCAUCUCCGUAUGGCAGAUGACUCUGACUGACUCAUAAGUGCCUGAAGAACAAACUUUACCGACAUUGUCUCAAUAUGAGAAGUAUGUAAAAAACUAAAUCAGUGUUACAUUAUCACUUCAGCUUUGUUAAAUCGUAUAUGUUUAAAGGGUUUACUGACAAGAAAAUAUCUUGAAAUAUUUUUAUAAUACUGUUACUUUUGUUGUGAGUUUUGGUGUUAUAAAUUAUCACACAUUUCCAUUUUGCAGUAAGUCAAAUAAAUGAUCAGAAAAUGGCAUUAA